AUGGCAUCUCACCUCUCCACCCACGGGUCCUCUCUAGCAGACCUGCCGAAAUCCAAUGUAUUCACCUCCAAAUUGCCUCCAGACCCGGCCUUUGAGACGCCAGAAUCUUCUCACAAGGCGCCCCGGGAAACAUUAGGACCUCGCAUGGUGAAAGGUGCUCUGUUCACCUAUGUCCGCCCGGAACCAACCGAGGGGUCAGAGCUCUUGGGGGUGAGUUCCAAGGCGAUGGAGGACCUGGGGUUGAAGACCGGCGAGGAAGAAACCGCACAAUUUCAAGCGUUGGUGGCAGGUAAUGAAAUUUGGUGGAAUGAGGAGAAGGGGGGCAUCUACCCAUGGGCCCAAUGCUACGGCGGUUGGCAAUUUGGUUCUUGGGCCGGUCAGCUUGGAGAUGGACGUGCUAUCAGUCUCUUCGAAUGUACCAAUCCACAUUCGAGCACUCGAUAUGAAUUGCAGCUGAAGGGCGCGGGGAAGACCCCAUAUUCACGAUUUGCCGAUGGAAAGGCUGUUCUUCGAUCGAGUAUCCGUGAAUAUAUCGUCUCCGAAGCUCUCAAUGCCCUUGGUAUUCCUACCACUCGUGCUCUAUCAUUAACUCUGCUGCCCAAGUCAAAGGUGCUGCGGGAGCGCCUGGAGCCAGGUGCGAUUGUGGCUCGAUUUGCCCAAUCUUGGCUCCGCAUUGGAACCUUUGAUCUCCUUAGGGCUCGUGGCGAUCGCGAAUUAAUCCGAAAACUUGCCACCUACGUCGCAGAGGAUGUCUUUGGCGGAUGGGAGAAUCUUCCCGCGAUCGUAUCGGUGCGAGAAGGGCAAUCUGCCCCGGAAAUUGAUAAUCCUCGACGACAGGUACCUCGAGAUGAAGUGCAGGAGCACCAGGAGGUUGAGGAAAACCGGUUUGCUCGCCUUUACCGCGAAAUCACCCGACGCAACGCAAAGACCGUCGCCGCGUGGCAGGCUUAUGGGUUUAUGAACGGUGUGCUUAACACUGAUAAUACCUCGAUUUAUGGCCUGUCCCUUGAUUAUGGCCCCUUUGCAUUCAUGGAUAACUUUGACCCUCAAUACACCCCCAACCAUGACGAUGCUAUGUUACGAUAUUCCUACAAAAACCAGCCUAGUAUCAUUUGGUGGAAUUUGGUUCGACUUGGUGAAUCUUUUGGGGAACUGCUUGGUGCCGGGAAGAAAGUGGAUGACGAGAGCUUCAUCAGAGACGGCGUCACCGAGGAGAUGGAACCAGAGCUUAUCAAGCGUGCGGAAACCAUCAUCGACCGCACGGGCGAGGAGUUCAAGGCCGUUUUCUUGAACGAGUACAAGCGACUAAUGUCCCAGAGGCUUGGACUGAAGACGCAACGGGAAUCUGACUUCCAGAAUCUCUUCUCAGAGAUGCUGGAUACACUAGAAGCCCUGGAGCUGGAUUUCAAUCACUUUUUCCGUCGACUUUCGGGGCUGAGUAUUUCUAAACUGGAGACCGAAGAACAACGGAUCGAAGCUGCAGCGAUCUUCUUCCAUGCAGAGGGAUUCGGGGGAAUUGGUUACACUGAUGCUUCAGCCAAAGGCCGUAUUGCAAAAUGGCUAAAUAGCUGGCGAGCCCGCGUGCUCGAGGACGGAGAUCAAGAUGACGAACGACAAAAGGCCAUGAAGGCAGUCAAUCCAAACUUCAUCCCACGAGGAUGGAUUUUGGAUGAGGUCAUCGAGCGCGUGGAGCGCAAGGGAGACCGAGAGAUACUGGGACGGGUGAUGCAGAUGAGUCUGAACCCUUUCAAUGAUGAAUGGGGUCAACUCAAGGAGGAAGAGGAGCGCUUCUGUGGCGACGUCCCCAAAUAUAAGAGGGCGAUGAUGUGUAGUUGCAGUUCAUGA